AUGAAAUUUGUUGGAUUUCCACUCUAUAUUUCAAUCUUGUUCCACCUCCAUGCCCCGGAUUCUUUGCACCUCGGAAUCCAUGUCACCGAUUUCCACUCCAAUACAUGGGAAGCUGUUCGGUCGGUUAGUCAGAUGGAUGAUAUGCAGGACAGCAUUGGAAUAGGAGAUACAAAGCUUGUUUUGGAGAGACCGUUAAACUCAGAUGGUGCUGCAGCUGCGAAGUUAGUUGCUCAGAAGUCUAAAGGAAUGCCUAAAAUUUCCAUUGCUAUGACGAAGCUUGUGGACUCGGCUGCUACUGAGGCUAUUGCAAAUCUCUCUCUUCAGCUCUUCAAAGAGUUCAAAAGCAUCAACGAGUCUUAUGUAGAAGAACGUGAGCGGUCUAUGGAAUUGUCUAAAGUGGUAUCGGCAGAAAAGGAAAGAAACGACAGCAUCCAGAGGCAGCUCGAGCUGUAUACUAAGAGGCAAAAGAUACAAAGGAUCGGUUCUUCGGACAUUAAUGGCGCACAAAACUCUCCAGAAAAACAAGCCACUCGAAAUACAAACUCAACAAAAGUUGUCAAUCGGGUCGUGCCUGCAUAUCGCAGGGCAAAAGUACGUGGUACUGUUCUGCAGGAAAUCGAAGAUGAAACUUAG